CUGGAAAUCGCAUCAAGCGAACAGUCGUUCCUCAUUCAUAGCUGCAGAAACUCGGCAGUUUUUUCUCCAUUCGCGAGGAUUGAACAAGUCGUUGAGCCUGCAACGGAAAUAGUACAUCCACACGUCAGCCAUGGCGGUCAGAAUAAUCGCGAUUCAAACGCUACUAUUCUUCGUAACUUACACUCUGGCGGGACAAUCAUCCUUGAAGCCCAUGAUCAUCGUGCUGGCUCGUACAGCAGCCGGAGCAACUGGAAACGCAAAUCCGACCUGCCUUCUUCCAAAUCCACCGGUUGUCAGAAGAGACGACUACACGUACUUUCCGGGCAUCGGUGGCUACAAGCUGCACUCGAAAGCAGUUUCGUGGAACCAAGCUCGAAAAACCUGCGAAGAGGAAGGCGGGCACCUGGCCAUCAUCAAUUCUUUGGCCGAGAGGGAUGCAGUGGUGACGGUGCUCAAAGCAAUGAAACCAAAUCCGCAAUAUGUCAAUCUCGGCUUCCACGACCUUUACGAGGAGGGCCACUACGUCACUAUCCACGGGCAAAAUCUGACCAGGGCUGGGUUCAACGAAUGGGCGAACGGAGAACCCAAUAAUGAUUAUGGCUCUGAAAAUUGUGGAUCUUUGCACUUCAGUGGCGGGCUCAACGACCACAAAUGCAAUGAGCCACAUUCUUUCAUAUGCGAGCUACCAAUCCAUUGAAAGUGGUUGGAAAACCGUUAAGCAGAUUGCAAGAAACGUCAACGAAGCAAAAUAGAUAAUCAAGUCAGAAUGUUGAAACAACAACUCAUGUUAAUAUACAAUAUAAGUCUUGAAAGUGUAAUGAAAAAUUAAAACUUCUUACGCGGUAUAAUUUGUUGCAAUUGCCCACUAUGUGCUUCCCUUAAUACCACGCAAAGUGAGCACAUUAUUUCGAAUAAAGUUAGAAGGUCUCGAUGACA